AUGAGGUUUCUAUUGUGCAUUUUAUUUUCUGCAUUUCUAAUAACUACACUGAAAUCUGCAAUCGCCAAAGAUGUCUACGAUCCGACGACAUGCGGUCUACCUGGACCUGGCUUCAAGCGUAAUAAAUUGAAAGCAAAAGCAAGAAAAUACGUUGGAAAUGAUGUAAAGAGGAUUGUGAAGAGAGACAUUGAUAAAGACUAUUCGGCGGACUAUAAUCCUACUGCUGGUGAUGAGACCGAGGAGGACGAGAACGAUCCGAUGCGAACAAAGAUAAUGGGAGGUGAGAGAGCUGCGAAGGAUGAACUGCCGUGGGCUGCGGUUGUUGUGCGUAAGACGACGAGAGCUGCUCAUUGUUUCAGGAUGUCUCCGAAUGGCACUAUAAGCGUUGAUAAUAUGAUUCCUGAGGGAAAAGUUCCGACUGAGGUCUAUGUUGCGAUCGGUGGUACUUGUCAGAAAGUCGACAAAAAAUACAACUGUGCUGAAGAAGAUAUUGUUUCCGGGUUCCACAUUAAGAGAGCAUCUUAUAGAAGUUUUUUCGAGUCUGGAAGUGACUUUGCACGCGACUUCGCGAUUCUUGAGCUAACUGAUGACGUUCCUAAACAUAUCCAUCAUAUUUGUCUUCCUCACAUGAACAAGAAGAUCGAUAUAAGUGAUUCAUCGUUGAGAAUGAGCUCAUUUGGAUGGGGCAGCGACCCAAUAAAAAAUCUCACAGUUGUACCAUUUCUCCGGAAAGUGAUGUUAGGUGUGAAAAUGACUGAAAAGGAAUGCAAAAAAUUCUACACCAAAAAGUUGGAUGACACUUUCUGCACCUUUGAACGUCGCGACCGGAACGUUUGCGAAGGCGAUAGUGGUAGUGGAAUUACAGCAGAAAUAGACGGCAGAACAUAUCUUGCUGGAGUAGUGUCUUUUGGAGCAUCAUGCGGUGAUCUACAUAGCGGUCGUAGAAAACCAGAAGCUCAGCUCAACACGGACGUUACUAAGUAUGCCGCUUUAAUCGAUAGUUACCUUGGAGCGAAAAAACCCAAAUGA